AUGCGAGCUCUUUUCGUCGCUACGGACAAGGGCUUUCAACCCCCGCAGUACACUAGGGAGCUGAUCAUUCAGAAUCAAAUACACCUCUUCCUCAACUCUGCUCGCCGAGCGUCACAGGGCAAAGCCACACAUGGAACACAGUCAGCGCAUUCCAUGUCGCCUAUCGAAUGCAUUUAUUGGAGGAAGCAGGCUUGCAUUAAUAUGGCUGUUUUUGCCAAGGCAGACCCGGCAAAGGGCUAUUUUUUGAGAGGAACAACGCACCCUCGUGUCACAUAUCGUCUGGUUAUAACUGGCAUGCGAGCAACCUCGCGUGCGAUCUUUCGGUGUGCCGAUAAACCCCGCCAACGGCCCCCGGGAGCCACCCGGCAUCGGCUCAUGCUACAUACGGUGAAACGAGAGCCGGGCACGGAUGCCUCGAUGCUCUCAAUUAUCGGCCCAGUCCAGCUUCAAGCGCGUAAAUACUGGGAAAUGAAAAGCAACCAGGACGCGCUCCCUCCGCGGAUGCCCCUCUGCCCGCCCAACAAGGCCCUGUUCCGUGGAGGUGGUUAUAUAUAUGGGCCUCCAGGAGCUUUUGAGCAGGAAAGGGGAGGGAAAUAUGAGGGAGAGGGCUCCAUGGGCAUGUUAACAUCAAUCCCCACGUCUCGCGAUACGUCGCUAUCGGAAGGGCACUGCCACUGCACGCUCCGCUCCCUCGAGAGCGCUGAGGCUGUGCCGCCGUGUCAAGCCUGCUGGGAGCCAACGCUCGCUCUCAUAUUCCCAUCUCGUCAUCGCGCUUCGCUGCCGCUCCGCUCCCCAACGUCAGAGGACCUGUUCGAAAUCGUCCGCCUUGGCACCCAGCCUUUUGGUCUCGCGGGAAGCUUGGAGGAGUCAGCCUUGACCGGUGCCUCGAAACAAAACCUCACGUCUCUCACCCGCAUUCUCAUCGCCCAGGACCCGCUCUGCGGCUCUCACUCUUCCCACCUCGUGAAUUCGCACUGCCCGUUAGCCCUCCCGCAUUCGACAUAUCAUCCCUCCUUCAUCACUCCAACGUCGCCCACCACGUCGCUGGUGCAAUAUUUUCCGCAUUCCCUCCCUCAACUCGCUGCUGGCUCCGCUGUUGACGCGCCGCGACCCAGCUUCUUGUCUAUCUGCAACACCUUUUCCGGCGCCGAGUUCGCCAAAUUCCCUACUCAGGCCACCUCAAGGCAGCACUCAUGGCUCCUUAAGCAGCAACGGCCAGUCACGUUACUUCCAACUCCCCGGCCGCCGCCCGCCCUCCUGAUACGAGCCAUGAUGCCCACUAUCGAGUCCCGGCCGCAGCCUUUCAAUGGCCAGCGUCGCCAGCAGCGCCACCCUGAAGAUGAAUCAAUCAAUGGCUUUCAUCCUGUUACUUCCUCUGGGAACUUCCUCCUGCCAGAUGCCCAAGGUGGAUUUACCUUCUCCGCAGAGCCAGCCAUGAUGGACUAUAGUUCAUUGAAUGCCCUCCCCACCUCCCACACAAAUCCUCAGGAGUCGGCCUUUACCCCAAAUACCGGAUCCUCCUUUGACUCCUCUUUACACCCGGAUCUUAUCAACCCAUCUUAUCCUCCACCCAAUGCAUACAUGCAACAGCAAUCGAACUACAGCCUAUCUCCUGGUAUGAAUAGCCGUAACGGCCACAGUCUUUCACCAUCCCAGUCCAUCGACCAUAUCAGUCCGGAAACAGGAUAUCUCAGUGAAUCCAAUUAUCAGGAUUUGAGCACCUACACCACCCCAAGCUAUGGUGACCAAUAUCUAGAGGACCAAUUCUCCAACAUUAACGUCGCCGACCCCUUCACUACACACGACGCAUUCGACAACUUCCCAAGUGGCAUGCAGAUGUCCCUCCCUAUAAGUGACGACGUCCUGGCCACAUAUAACGCACAAACCCAAUUGCCACUCCCAACAACGGCUCAUUCAGAAGCCCACUCCCAAUUGAUGUCACCUUGCCCUACAAACAACUCGAGCCCAAUCAUUGCCGACGACUCGUCGCGGCAUAUGAAUACAUCUGGCGCACAAUACUCUGCCAAUCAAUUCCACCCCUCAUCUACGCCGCCUAACCCUCCCUCUCAUACCUUGCGAUCCACCCCCAGCAAGCAGCAACACAGCCCUGCGCUUACUAACAGCCCUGGCAAUAUGACACUCGCAAACCCACAACCACGUGCAACACAUCUCACGAGCCCCAUUGUUAGGGUUGAGAACUACAGCACAAGGGGAUCACCAUCGCCUUCCGACACAAGUAGGCCCAUGAGCAAACGAAGUCAUGGAAGUCGCCGGUCUGGCAACCAUCUGUCUGUCCCGGCAGAUGAGUCAUCUGAUGACGACGAUGCCAAGGUUGAGCAGGUAAGAGCGCAGCUGAUCGUGAGGAGCGCAGAGCGCGGUGAGGAUGGUGCCUGGUUGCCGGGCGGUCCAUCUGGCCAGGUCGGGCUAAACCCCGAGGAUCGUGAUGCUAUGAAAGACGUGUGGGUUCCCAGCAUUGAUGACAUUGCAGAGCAAAGGUUCAAGAACGAGAAGAAGCUUGAGGUUGUGGACUGGCUCUCCAAGAGCGAGGUCGGCAGCGAUGCAGGUGAUGGCGGUUCAUCCAUCGGCUUGUUGAAACCAUUCUCAACUCGGCGCAGAGCGAAAAGCACCAACGACGCUCAUCGCCAAGGCUUUGGAGCAAAUUCGGGCUUAGGAGUGCGCACCGACUUCACUUACAUAGAUGAUUCCGGUAUUCCUGGACCAGGACUCUACAUAGACGAACGAAGCGAAUUCGACGAUUAUGAAGACGAGGACGAGGAUGAUGAGCCUCAAUCGCCACCGGCUGCGAUUGAUUUCAAUAACACUGAUGUCGAAUCGUACUUCCCUCCCGCCCCAGAGAAUGGUGCCCCUUCCACCGCAGUUGUUCGGCCUUGGAACGAUGCACCCACUGAAGCGUUAACUUCGGAACGGUACCAACCUCCAACUUCCAAUGCUGCCAUGAUGCGUUUCCGGCAAAGAGCCAAGGACGUGGAGUCGGCCUCGCUUGCUGCCACUCUUGGCUCACGUCGCAUGAGCGAAUCUGACUUGGGUAGCGUUCGGGACGCUCCUGGGGUCGUGAAAGCUAUUGAACCUGGUCGAGACCUGAAGAAAGCCAAAGAGAGGCAACGACGUCCAAGCUUCUUGGAGAGUAUCAUACCCAAACGAGCUCCUAGUGGAUUGUUGAAGCGCAAAGGAAGCAUACCGGCUCAGCCUCCUGAAACGCCAGAGAAAGCGAAAGAUCCCGUCCCCGAGAAACCCAAGAGGAUGGGUAGCUGGGGACGUCCGAAGUCGCCAAGACUUGAUACAAGUGUGGCAAGUCAUGGAAGGGAUGUCGGGCCACCUAGCUCAACAAAUUUGUCGGCAACAUCUGGUCCCUGGGCUACUGCCAAGAACGCGAUCAGACGCUCCAGGAGUAGGAGUGAUUUAGGCAAAUCACCCGGACUGGCCGAACUCAUGACCCAACAUGGAGGUCCACCUAUGCCUAUGUUGGCCUCCCCACUAGCAGAGACCGAAGCAACAAAGCACUCACCCUUACCAAGUCCUGGAGGAGAUGAUGAUGACGAAGAGACACAAGAAACUAUAACCAUGGACCUCAAGGUGCGCUGCGAUCCCAUAAUUCCGACGUUCGAAGGAUUCAAGACCCAUGCUCGCCAACUCAACCCUCGCUUAGUAGACUACAUGGUGGAGAGAAUCACGCAAGAGCAGUUGAGGAGAUACAAACGGCUGCUCGAAUUCAAAGUCAAGCACUUAAACGCAGUCAAGAACCGGAACUGCUCGUCCGCCAAAUUUUGCACUGCGCUAGGUGGCGAAUCCAAGCAGCUUCCCCCACGCGCAGGUAACAAAGACUCCGAGGCGCCCUUCAUCGGCUUCCAAAUCACUGCGCCUGGCUCAUCGGACGAUGACGGAGAGCCUCCCCCAGAAGGCACAGUUGUAUCUGCACAGUUUCCGUCCGGCGUCCCUCUACCUCCAGUCAAGCGACUCCCUGCCGAGUUCGAAUGUCCAUUAUGCUUCAAGGUGAAGAAGUUCUACAAGCCAUCCGACUGGACGAAACACGUUCAUGAAGACGUCCAACCGUUUACCUGCACGUUCCCGAACUGUGGCGAACCGAAGUCAUUCAAGCGAAAGGCAGAUUGGGUCAGACAUGAGAACGAACGACAUAGGCAGCUGGAAAAUUGGACUUGUUGCAUUGGUGACUGUAGUCAUACGUGCUAUCGGAAGGAUAACUUUGUUCAACACUUAGUGCGGGAACAUAAAAUCGCUGAGCCACGGGCGAGGACUGGUCGAGGAGCAAACAAAGACACCUCUGCAAACACAGAAUCUGCUUCAUGGCAGCAAGGAUUUUCAGGAAUGCCGACCAAAGACAGUCCUGAUGAUAUAUGGAAAUUGGUGGAGAAUUGUCGGCGCGAUACAACUAAGCUGCCCAAGGAUGAGCCUUGCCGAUUCUGCGGCAACAUCUGCAACAGUUGGAAGAAGCUAACCGUCCAUCUUGCUAAGCACAUGGAGCAAAUCAGCAUGCCAAUUCUUCCACUCGUAGAGCAGAAGCAAAUGAACGCCGACACUGUCAUCAGUCCCGUUGUUGAGAUGUCAGAGUCGCGCAAGCUUUCGGUAACACCAAGCAGGUCACCAAUCGAUAAUCCUUCCAGGUACAUGCCCAACAACAAUUCUACACUCGCUCCUGGCAUUGAUCCGUCUUUUGGUCAAUUCCCCCCGGAUAACUCUUCCUCGACAGUCGCGCCAAAUGUUAUGCACACGUAUCCUCCACCUCAGCUGGUGGCGUACAGAAAUCAACCAGGGCCACAGAAGGGAAAUUACACCAACUUUGUUCCUGAAGAUAGUCAGAGCUAUGCAGUAAGAUCAUAUCCAGGACUGCAGGAGCCCCCAAAGGCACGGGGUGCCUAUGUCAAUGGGCUCCAGAUUCCGAGCCAGCCUUACCACAAUGGUAAUAUCCAGAACGGGCCGAACCGUUAUCCAAUGACGCCCAUUUCAGCGAUUGGACAGCAGCAGCAGGCUGUGUUUACGACAUCCCCAGUAGACACGACUCCCUAUUCGACCGACACGGUGGGUUCGACGACGUACUUCACGCAUGAGCCGCAGGCUAUGACGGCAGGUGGCGUGUCUGAUAUGGGAUAUGAUUCGGGGAAUUCGAUGCAAUAUCAGCCAUCGGCGUACCAGGAGAUGUCGUAUAUGAACACACAACAGCACAAUUACCAGUAUCAGGGGCAAUGAGAUGAGACGACGAUAUAUGUUGGGAUGAAAUGUUUUGGAUGAUACACGUGGCCGGAACUGUGGUUGGGUUUCUUUAGUUGUUUUAUUUGAUGAUGACUAUGAAGGUUCCCGUUAUUCGUUUGAUAUCCCUAUAGCAAAAUGGAGCCCGUCUAGAAGGUCUCCAAUGAGUGAAUGUGGUGAGGCAACUCUGGAAUUGGCUCCUCACUACCAAUGAUGGCUUGGACGCAUCUCAGGCGCACCUCCUGUCUUUCUAGUACAUUCAGUUUUUGUUUCUUUUUUAUUUUAAGUUUCUGACACUGGCAUUUCCGGCGAGUUAGGGCACUAUACUUCAGAAUGGCAUCAAAUGUACU